AUGAAGAUGACAAGCCAGAGAUGGGGAAGCAAAGAGGACAAGAAGCUGCUGAAGCCCUUGAUGGAGAAACGGCGGAGGGACCGGAUGAACCAGAGCCUGGACCGACUCCGGGUCUUGCUCUUCGAAGCCACCCAGGAUGAGAGACUUAAGAACCCCAAAGUUGAGAAAGCAGAAAUUUUACAAAAAACAGUUCAGUUUUUGAAGACACAGCCUUUAUCAGAGACGAAGCACAAAGAGGAUGCCCUUUUCCAGAGGUACCACAGUGGCUACCGGGAGUGUCUCACCCAGGCAACCCACUUCCUGAGAGCCAGCCCGGGCAUCUGCACAGGCAAAAAGGCCUACCUGAUGGAACACAUCUGCCACUGCAUGGAAAAGAUCACUGCCAGCCCCCGGAGAGAGAUGCACCGGCCUCCGCCCGCAGCGGCCAACCCCAGCUACGAGCGGUACAGUCCAGAUGUCUUUGCCGGGUGCAGCCCACCUUUGGGGGGUGCGGCGUACGUCCUGCACCCACCCCCGGCCAGUUACUCGGCCAGCCAAGAACUCCAAGCCAGGGGCCCCGGCCCAGCCCAGCAAGACGGCUGUGGCCGAUCGCAGCAGAACAAAUUCUCGGAAACACGCAACUCCACAGUACAGACUCCGCAAGCGCUGAACGUGUGGAGACCGUGGCCUUGA